AUGGAAGGUGGUUCAUCAAUUAUGAAGCGUAUUGCUGGUCGAGAUCACUCUCAAGUCCUAGUUGAUGCUCAAAGUAAUCCGGUUAACGUUGAUAAGCGUUCAUUAACAACAAUUAUUGAUGCGCAAUCUGGUCUAUUGGAUCACCCUGUUAAAAGUACUAUGAUACAAAAAGAAGAUAAUCAAACUAAUAAAGAUUCAAGUUUAAUCGGUACAGUUACAUCUCUUUUAAAACCUUUAUCAGGAAAUAGCGAUGUACCACCAACAUUAACAUCAGUCAAUGGAUAUCGUCUUGGUGAUGCUACACAUUGUCUUAAUAUAAAUGGUUAUCCUGUUGUAUCAGAUGGUAUAUUAUUUGAAAAACAACAAACAUUUAAUCGAUCAAAAAUUGUUGAACGUGCAGUACAUGCAUGUGGUAGUGGAGCAUUUGGUUAUUUUGAAGUUACACAUGAUGUAUCAUCAUUAUGUAAAGCUGAUUUUCUAUCAAAAGUUGGUAAAAUAACUCCAGUUAUGAUACGUUUUUCAACAACUACAUAUGGACGAGAAUUUCCUGAUUCAGCUCGAAAUCCACGUGGUAUUGCUAUGAAAUUCUAUACAGAUGAAGGCAAUUAUGAUAUAUUAUCAAUAAAUUUUCCUGUUUUUUUUGUACGUGAUCCAACACAAGGUCCUGAUGUUAUUCGAUCUCAACAACGUAAUCCAAAUAAUUUUCGUGUUAAUUGGGAUGCAACAUUAGAUUUUAUGUCUCUUGUACCUGAAGGUAUGUUAGGUAAUACAUGGUAUUGGUCUGAUCAUGGUACACCUGUUGGUUGGCGACAUAUGGAUGCUUUUCCAAUUCAUACAUUUAAAUGGGUUAAUUCACAAAAUGAACAUGUUUAUAUACGUUAUAAAUUUAGUACAACACAAGGCGUAAAAAAUUUUACUGAUGCUGAAGCAAUACGUAUGUGUGGUGAAGAUCCUGAUUAUGCUAAACGUGAUCUUUGGCAACAUUUGGAUAAUGGUGGCACACAUGAAUUUAAAUGUCAAAUACAAAUGAUGGAUGAAAAUGACAUUAAAAAAAUAACUGAUUUUGAUCCAUUUGAUGCAACGAAAAUUUGGCCAGAAGACCGAUAUCCAUUAAUUGAAUUUGGACGUUUAGUUUUAGAUAGAAAUCCAGAAAAUUAUCAUCGUGAUGUUGAACAAGUUGCAUUUUCACCUGGUAGUUUAGUACCUGGUAUUGAACCAUCACCAGAUGCACUUUUACAAUUUCGUAUGUUUCUCUAUCGAGAUGCACAAUUAUAUCGUUUAGGUGUAAAUUUUCAUCAAAUUCCAGUUAAUUGUCCAUUUAUGACACGUCAACAUCAUCCAUCCGUUCGUGAUGGACGUUUAAGAUGUGAUGCAAAUGGUGGUGUAGAACCAAAUUAUUAUCCAAAUUCAUUUUCUCAUCCACCACAUGCUCGUCCGGAUUUAACAUGUAAUGAAAAACCUGUACCUUUACAAGGACAUUUAGCUCGAAAAUCACAUUCACGUCAUGAAAACCAACUUCCACCUGAUGCGGAAUAUGCUCAAGCACGUCAAUUUUAUUUACAUGGUUUAAAUCAUGCACAACGAGCUAAUCUCUAUCAUAAUAUCGCAAAAAUAUUUCCAGCUGUAUCAAGACUCGAUAUCAAACUUCGUUUUCUUGUAGCUUGUUAUAAAGUUCAUCCAGAUUAUGUUCGUGGAAUUUUAGCAUUAUAUAAUGAAAUAUCUUUUCAACAAGUUGAACAAGCUGCAAUGAAACUUCAGGAGAAACAUACGGUCGAUCGUACUAAUGGUUAUGAACCGUAUGAUUUAUCAUAA